UCAAGAGAUAUUGUCAAGUAUAGUUCACCCACAGGUCUUCAACAGUUGGCAUUCGAAUUUGUCCAGGAGUCAAUCAUCCGUGAAACCAUGAACGCCUUCAUCGCUCUUUUCGUUGCCACCUUGGCCAUUUCCGCCCAAGCUGGAUAUGCUCCGUCGGCGUGGCCAGUGUCCACCUACGGCGUAGACACGUGGAACGGUCUCAACUCCUGGAAUGGCCUCAACUCUUGGAAUGGCCUCAACUCCUGGAACGGCCUGAACACCUGGAAUGGUCUGAACAGCUACCCGUACGGAGUCAACCAGUGGUCCUCGGCGGCGGCUUGGCCAGCGACCUACUCCAACGGCUACACCAACAACUGGUACGGACUCGGUGGAAAGACCGUUGUCCAGGCCAACGUUGCCAAGGUCAACCCGUGGGGACUUCCGCUGGCGUCGUCCUACGGCUACGGAUACAACAACUACCUGGGAGCGGCGAUCCCGGCGGCCAAGUACGUCGCGGCCAACCCCGGAUCGGUCCAUGUGGCUCCACUGGUUGGACAUGCCAUCAACCAGAAGCUGAUCGUUGCUUGAAAAGUGUGAUUUGGAUGAUGAUGGAAUAAAAGGAGUUUUAUUUGAA